CCCAAAAGAUAACAUAAGUGUAUAACAAGCGUAUUAUUGAGCCACUUUUCAAGUGCAAAGAAGAGAAAUGGGAUUCCAGAGUUUUCACGAGAGAUGGCACCAGCAGCUGCACCAACUGGUCCAGAAGCUGAACAAAUCCCCAAGACCCCCAGCUUCCGACGAAGAAAACAACAAUCUGGUUAAGCUCGCCCAAAAAUUCCUUUCGCACAUGAGCGAUUACUAUCGAGUCAAGGCGGCGUUGGCUCAUCAAGAUGUUCUUUUCCUCCUGGACGCCCCAUGGGCCACCAAAUUCGAGGCUUCCCUCAAAUGGAUGGCUGGAUGGCGGCCCUCUACGGUCUUCCAAGUCAUCCACACCGAGUCCAACAUCCUUUUCGAGAAUUACCUCCUUGAAAUGCUCGACGGCGGGGCCCAAACCGGAGAUCUCGGCAACCUGAGUCCUCACCAGAUUAAGUGCCUCAGUGAUCUCCAGUGUCAGACCACCCGCGAAGAAAAUGAUCUCGAUGACCAGUUUGCGGAAUGGCAGGAUGCUGCGAGUGACAUGAUGCUAAUGAGGUACGAGAAGGACAUGGAUGAAAUGAUGGAUGGUCUUGGGGCAAUUGUGAGAAAGGGAGAUGAGCUGCGGAUGAGGACGUUAGAGAAGGCGGUGCAGUUUCUGACGCCGCAUCAAACAGUGGAUUUCUUGGUUGCAGCGGCUCAUUUGCACUCCCUGGUUCGCGCCUGGGGCGAGAAUCGUGACAUUGGAGACGGCAUUCAGUGAGUGCUCACCGUGCACCUGGUGGUUGAUGAAAUCCAUCCCUUGUUUGGUUUCAUGCCUUUCAAUUAUUCUAGAAUAUGUAUUUCUGUUUACAAUUGUAUUAGCUAGCUACUCAGAUUUGAGUUUUAAUGAAUUUAAAUUUGAGUU